AUGAGUUCUGAAGAGGAGAUUGUUGCAAGUUUUGCUUGCUACCACAGUGGAAAAUUUGAAAAUGUUUCAGGACAGAUUUUUUACGAAGGUGGUGGUGUUCGGUUCGUUGAAUCAAAGCCAAGUGAGUUGUUUACACAGUUAAUGAAUCAGCUUCCGGAUAAUGCUAACAGAGAAGAGCAAGAAGUCCACGAAGAAGCAAGAGAUGAAUGUGGACAGUUUGAUGAAGAAAUAAGAGUGGAAAGAAAUGUGGCUGCCUUUGUUGAUGUAGAUGACGAGUAUGAUGAGUAUGCGACACCCGUGGAGUCAGAUUGUGAAGUUGAUGGUGAUGAUGGUUUUAAGAGAUACAUCAAAGGUAGUGGUGAGCUGAAGUAUAAACAAGUCUUCGAUAGUAUAGAUGACUUCAAAAAAGCAGUUGUGGAGUAUGUGUUGAAGUCAGGAAGGAAUAUCAAGUAUACGAGAUGGGAGAGCACAAAAUCAGAACUUAGAUGUGCUAGUGGAUGUCAUUCUGAGAAAGGAGCUGAAGAAGAAGAAAAUGAGGAGACUGCAAAAGAUAAACCAGACACUGAAAGAGAGAAUUUAGAGACUGGAAGAGAGAGUCCAGAAACUGCAAAAAAAAAUCCAGCGGAGGAGGAAGAAGAGCAUCAGCCAUGUUUAUGGAGGAUCUAUUGUGCUUAUGAGACAACAGUGGAGAAGUAUGUGGUUAAAACAUUCAAUGAUGACCACAAUUGUGUGAAUACUGGGUAUAGCAAGAUACUUACUCAAGAAGUUAUUGCUAGGCUGUUUGUGAAUGAUGUGAGAGAUAAUCCGCAGUUGAUGCCUAAAAACAUCAGACAAGAAAUCCAGAAGCGUUGGAGCUUAAUUGCAUCUACUGAUCAGUGCAGAAAGGCAAAAGCAAGAGCUUUGGAGAUGAUUCAAGAGGAGCAUGAUGAGCAAUACUCAAGACUCAAAGAUUACCGCCUUGAGCUAUUAAGGUAAGAUCAAUCACUGAUUCUUACAUUGUUCUGAUUUUUUGUUUAAAUUAACAUGGUUUGCAUUAAUGUUUUCUUUGUUUUGCUAGUACAAAUGCAGGUUCAACUGUGGAACUAGAUACAUUCCAGCAAGAUGGUGGACUUGAUGUCUUCUUCAGAUUUUAUGUCUGCUUUGGUAGGAUAAAGAGAGCAUGGAGGAGCUAUUCUCGGCCAAUAUUUGGUAUUGAUGGGUGCUUUCUCAAGUACUUUACAGAGGGUCAGUUAUUGGCUGCAGUUGGAAGAGAUUCCAACAACCAGAUGUAUCCUCUUGCGUGGGCUGUGGUGGAGAAAGAGAAUGAAGACAACUGGAAGUGGUUCAUUGGAAAGCUGCAGAGUGAUUUCAGCCUAGGUGAUGGUUCUGGUUUUACUGUCAUUUCUGAUAGACAAAAGGUAAAUCUCAAUCUUCUUAUUUAUUUUGAUAGACAAAAGGUAAGUCUCUUGAUUCUUAUUCUGUCAUUUCAGGGUUUACUAAAUGCGGUUUCUCAGCUAUUACCACAUUCUGAGCAUCGGAUGUGUGCAAGACACAUAUAUGCUAACCUUAAGAGUAACCAUCCACAUAGAGCAGAGAUGAAGAAGUUAUUUUGGAAGGUUGCAAAGAGCUACAA